AUGGAUUCAGACGCUGAAAAGAACAUUAAAAUUUGGAAAAUGAAAAAACUGGUGCAAUCACUGGAAAAGGCCAGAGGUAAUGGUACUUCCAUGAUUUCACUAGUUAUCCCCCCUGGCGGUCAAAUUUCUCAAACACAGAAAAUGUUGACUGAUGAAUAUGGUACUGCUUCCAAUAUUAAAUCUAGAGUGAAUCGUUUGUCCGUUUUAUCCGCUAUUACUUCUACACAGCAAAAAUUAAAGCUAUAUAACCAAAUACCUCCUAAUGGUCUGGUUUUGUACUGUGGUGAUAUUAUUACUGAGGAAGGUAAAGAAAAGAAGGUUACUUUUGAUAUUGAGCCAUAUAAACCUAUUAAUACGAAGUUGUACAAGUGUGACAACAAAUUUCGGACCGAAGUCUUGUCCGAACUUUUAGAGGCCGAUGACAAGUUUGGGUUUCUUGUUAUGGAUGGUCAAGGCUGUCUAUUCGGUUUGCUUUCUGGUAAUACUAGAACAGUUUUGCAAAAGUUUACAGUUGAUUUGCCAAAGAAGCAUGGUAGAGGUGGUCAGUCUGCUGUUCGUUUUGCGCGUUUGAGAGAAGAAAAGAGGCACAACUAUGUUAGGAAAGUAGCUGAAACAGCUGUUCAGAAUUUCAUUACCAACGAUAAGGUAAAUGUUAAGGGAUUGAUUUUAGCCGGUUCUGCUGAUUUUAAGAAUGAUUUGGCUAAAUCUGAUUUGUUUGAUAGUAGACUAUCGGCUAAGGUUGUGAAGAUUGUUGAUGUUUCCUACGGUGGUGAAAAUGGCUUUAACCAAGCAAUUGAGCUAUCUGCUGAAGCGCUAGCGAAUGUCAAGUUUAUACAGGAAAAGAAGUUGUUGACCGAGUACUUCGACGAAAUUUCUCAAGAUACGGGAAAAUUCUGUUAUGGUGUUGAAGAUACAUUGAAAGCAUUGGAUCUAGGUGCUGUAGAGACGCUAAUUGUCUUUGAAAACCUAGAAAUUGUGAGAUAUGUUUUCAAGAGCUCUGAUGAAACAGACGUCAUUAAAUUUGCUGUCCCACAGCAAGACGACAAGUCAUAUACUCUUGACAAGACGACGGGUGCUGAGAUGGAAGUAAAAGAAGAACAACUUCUCAUUGAAUGGUUGGCAGAACACUACAAGGAGUUUGGUGCGAAUUUGGAGUUUGUAUCGGACAAAUCUUCUGAAGGUUCACAGUUCGUUACUGGGUUUGGUGGUAUUGGUGGUUUAUUACGUUACAAGGUUAACUUCGACCAAUUAGUUGAAGAAUCCGAUGACGAGUACUAUGAUGACAAUGAAGGUUCUGACUAUGACUUCAUUUGA